AUGGAGCGGUACGCAGGUCGCGUUGCCCUGGUUACAGGCGCCAACUCUGGUAUCGGUGCCGCCACUGCACGGGCGCUGCUCCAGAAGGGGCUCAAGGUCGUCGGUCUCGACAAGAGUAUCGACAUGAUCAAGGAAUUAGCUCAAGAACUGAAGGACGCUCCAGGAACGCUGUAUCCAUUGCAAGGUGACGUCAGCAGCGAGGAGAGUAUUCUAUGCGCCUUCAAGUGGAUAAAGGAGAAUUUAGGAGGAGUCGAUGUUCUUAUCAACAGCGCUGGCGUUUGUGGAGAGAGCCUUCCCACAACUGGACAGACAGCCGAGUGGAAGCGCAUACUGGACGUCAACGUGCUGGGGCUGUCCAUCUGCACCAGGGAGGCCGUCCAGAGCAUGCUGGACAGGGGAGUCGACGACGGCUUCAUCAUCCACAUAUGCAGUAUAUCUAGCCACAUUAUGCCAUUCGAUCCAUUGAUUUCGAUGUACUUUGCCAGCAAGCAUGCUGUCAAGACUCUGCUUGAAGGGCUGCGGAAAGAUUUGGUUGCCAGGAAUAGCAACAUACGAUGUGGGCAAAUAUCACCAGGACUUGUGAAAACAGGAAUAUUCAAUACCUUACAAAAGCAUUCGACAGAAGCGCUGGAAAAUAUGCGAUUGCCAAUGAUGGAAUCCGAGGACAUGGCGGAUGCAGUUAUCUAUAUGCUAUCGCAACCUCCACGUGUUCAAGAAAAUAGCUGA